GUUCUAUCUUGUUGUACUUGUUGCUGGAUGGACGUCGCGAGCAAUCCACCCGCAGCAGCAGCAGCAGCAGGCAGCGAUGACGAAGUGCUUGGCUCGCACUCGCGCGCAGUGGCCUACGCGCCCCAAGUCGAAGCAGCCAUCAAACAGGUCUUUCCAAGCGACGAUCCGCUGGACAGCCCUGACUUUAACCCCGUCAAUUACAUCAACGCGCUCUUCCCGACCGAGCAGUCGCUUGCAAACGUCGAUGCCGUCAUCAAGAAACUUCAAGGCGGUGUCCGCAAGCUGAAUACGAACAUUCAUGACAUUGUGCAUUCACAAACCAACGUCAAGGAUGAAGGUCGCAAGGCUCUGGAAAACGCGCAAAAAUCCAUCAACGAGCUCUUCUCGCGCAUCAACGACAUCAAGGGUCGCGCAGGGCUGUCCGAGUCGAUGGUGAAGGAAAUCACCCGCGACAUCAAGACGCUCGACUACGCCAAGAAAAACCUGACUGCUUCCAUGACCACGCUCAACCACCUAAACAUGCUUGUUGGCUCUGUCGAGACACUCAAGUCCAUGACCAAGCAAAAGCAGUACCACGAUGCCGCCAAUCUGCUCGUUGGUUGCGGAUUUGUCAUGGACCACUUUGCCGCGUACAAGUCCAUUCGCCAGAUUGCCGAGCUUUCCGAUUCGCUGGACGCCAUCAAGCUGUCUCUUCGCAAGCAAAUCAUGGCGGACUUUGAGGAAGCCAUUUCCAACAAGGGUGCCCUGAGCUACGGCGGCCCGCAUCUGCAUGAGGGAUGCAUGGUGCUGGAUGUUCUGCAAAAGGACGUCAAGGCGGACCUCAUCAAGUGGUUUGUGCGACGACGGCUCUCCGAGUACGUGCUCAUUUACGGCGAGGGCCUCGAGCCGGCACACCCGGAGAAGAUUGACCGUCGCUACGCUUGGCUUGCGCGCAACCUGACCGACUUUGACCACGAGUUCAAGGACGUCUUCCCGACAUCGUGGAACAUGGCCGAGUACCUGUGCCGUGAGUUUUGCGAGGUGACCUAUCGCGACCUGACGUCCAUUCUCGCCUCGAAAAAGUACACUGUCGACAUGAAGCUGCUUUUGAACAUGAUUCGCGUCACUCGAGGAUUCGAGGCGUCGCUCGAAAAGCGAUUCGGCACUCGACAGGCACAGCAGCACCAGCAACAGCGCGCCGAGCUUGAGCAACAGCUCCAGCAAAUUCGCGGUGCGGACGAGGAGGAGGAAGAGGAGGAAGUCGACGCCGCACUGAGCGGUAUUGAUCCCAACGACCCGCAAGCCGAAGUCCGUCGCCGUUACCUCGAGUACAAGAAGCAAAAAGCCCGCGAGCGCCAGCAACAGGGCAAGAGCAAGACCGUGUCUGCGCGAGAGCGCAAGAAGCAACUGCUUCUGCUCCAACAACAGCAGCAGGCGGAAGAAGCGGCUGCCAGCAAGUCGCGAUUCGUCGGCGCCAUCUCAGUGUGCUUUGAGCCAUACAUGCACAUCUUUGUGGAUGCGCAGGACAAGAGCAUUGGCGACAUGAUUGAGCGCUUCGCUCGCGAGUUCCGUGCGUCCGACACCAUUUCAACCCAGCCAGGCGUUGAGCCGUCGAGCGACCACGGCGGCUCUGCGGGCGCUGUCUUUACAUCAGCGACUGACUUGUUCCAGGGCUACAAGGAGAUUCUUCGUGUGCACGUCGACCAGCUGUCCGUGCGGGAACCCUUGCUCGAGCUUUCGCGUGUGUUUGGCAAGCACCUCAAAAACUAUGGCAAUCGCCUCCUGACCGGUCAGCUCCCCAAGCACUCGUCCACUGCUGCGGCUUCUGCCAUCGCGGCUGCUCUGCACACUGGCGACGUUCGCAUGUCUCGUGAGGAGCUGGUCCUUGUCUGUGGCGUGCUCAACACUGCCAGCCACUGCAGUGCCACCACGAAGAAACUCGAGGAGAAAAUCAAGCAAAAGAUUGAUCCCGAGUUUGCAGAUCGUGUUGACAUGAGUGAACAUGAAGACUUUUUCCACGACAUCAUUGCAAACUGCUUGCAGAUCUUGAUUCAAGGACUCGAGGCGGCGUGCGAACCCUCGUUCCAAAUCAUGCUGAAGAUGACGUGGAACUCGGUUGAAAGCGUCGGCGAUCAGUCUGAUUAUGUCACUUCCAUCGCCAAGGUGUUUGCCAACUUUGUACCCACUGUUCGUGAAACAGUGGCCGACGCAAGGUACUUUUCGAACUUUUGCCUCAAGUUUGCCACUUCGUUCGUGCCGCGCGUCCAGAAUGCUGUUUUCCGCGUCAAGCCCAACCAAACUGGUGUUGAACAGCUCUUGCUCGAUAUGGCCUCCUUGAAAGCGAUCGUGCUUGACAUGCAACCGGUCAAGGCUCAGCUGUUGGACACGGGCUCCGGCUCUGGUGUUGCCAGCACGCCCUUCUCGCGUUUGGUGCAAAAGACCAUGUCCAAGAUUGACAUGAUUCUCAAGGUCGUCCUCCAGCCCCACGAGCAAGCCGAGGUGUUUGUGCAAAACUACCUCAACUAUGUUGCAGAGCCCGACAUUAACAUUUUCCAAAAGAUUCUCGACAUGAAGAAUCUGCGAAAGCAAGAGCAAGUGCCACUUCUCGAGCAAUUCCGCCAAUUCUUGCCCGCACCGCCGUCGUCCGCGCCAGGAACUGGCGGAGCUUCCAACAGCGAGGAGACCUCUCGUAUCGACAUCAACCCCACGCGUCUGCUAAACAACCUCACCAAUCUUUCCAAAGAUCUGUCCAGCAAGAUUGGCCGUCGAACCUAACUCUGUGUUGGUUUCUUUGGUUGGUUUGGUUGGAGUAUGACAAUUACAGUAUUCACUUGCAAAAAUAGUGGCAAAGCUGGUACUUG